AGCUCGAGGUCACUCACAUCAAUUCACCACCACAUUACUCAAAAAAGAUGUCGGCAGACCAGAGACCAGUUAUUGACAAGGCGAAGUUGAAACAACGCUUUGAUAUCUCGCAUUUUGAUCUUAAUGCAGUCAUUCGGGGCAUCCAAUUGACACUUGUUGGCGCCCAACGCGCCCUACAGAACCCACAACUUUUCACCUCGGAGCAUUACAAGCAGGCCGCCAUUGCCGUUGCCGCGGGCAUUGCCAUCCGCCUGCUCAUAGCCGUUCCUAUCUUGGGCAUCAAAGUCCUGCUAUGGACCGUCUCCCUCUUUGUUUCCCUCGACCGCGUGACGUGGGAUGACACGCUGGUCAACGGACUGGGCUUCAUCGAGGAGCACGUGCUGCAAGCGCCACUCUUCUUCAUGAGCCUGAUGCGUUACCUCACCCCUACACUUGACGAUCUCUUCAUGACCUCCCUGCGAUGGGUCGACCAAACAUACACGCUCAAGCACCGUCACGACUCUGAUCCGUCACAGCUGCGACCGCUCUACCACCCGACGCUGGCGCAGUACCGGCCAGCCGCCGCCGCCGAUGGGCGCGCGCCCUCAUCCUCAUCGGGGGCCACGCGGUUUGUGUGGCGGUUUGCGCGCAAGGGGUUGAUCUCGCUCGCCGUGUACGCCGCCUCAUACCUGCCCGUCGUGGGCCGCCUGGUGCUCCCCGCCGCCAGCUUCUGGACCUUCAAGUCUGCCGUCGGCCUGGGCCCUGCCGCCCUCAUUUUUGCCGGAGGCGGCCUGCUCCUCCCCAGGCGCUACCUAGUUAUUUUUCUACAAAGCUACUUCGCCUCGCGAAGUCUGAUGCGAGAGCUGCUCGAGCCUUACUUUGCGCGUAUCCGGUUCACGCCAGAGCAAAAGAGGCGGUGGUUCCGCAGCCGGGAGGGGCUGUUGUUUGGCUUUGGCAUUGGAUUUUAUGUCCUCUUGAGGGUGCCGUUACUGGGGGUGCUGAUUUAUGGCAUUGCGGAGGCGAGCACCGCGUAUCUGAUCACCAAGGUGUCGGAUCCGCCGCCGCCGCCGGCACAGAGCGAGGGAUUCGCUGCCAGCCAGACCGAGUGGAGGAACAAGCAAAAGUUUCUCAGCCUGUCGCUGUGGAAUCUUGAUGCGAUCCAUGACAAGCCGCCUCCGUACUCGGAGAAGAUGGGCAAAUCUGGAAUCCGGACCGUCUGCAAGGUCGACCUUGACAAACCUGCCUCUGAGCAACCUUAUCUUCAUAACAGAUGGCACCCUGACAUUCCCUUCGCCGGGUCCAUCAAGGAUGGCGAGACUGUCAAGAUCGAGUGCCUUGACUGGACUGGCGGCCAGAUCAAGAACAACGAUUCGGCCGAUGAUGUGAAGAACGUCGACCUCACCAAGGUGCAUUAUCUUUCCGGUCCGUUCGAAGUCGAGGGAGCCGCGCCGGGAGAUCUGCUUCUCGUCGAGAUCAUGGAUGUCCAGCCGUUCCAGGACCAGCCUUGGGGGUUCACAGGCAUCUUUGAUCGGCGCAAUGGAGGAGGAUUUUUGGACGAGAUCUACCCUUCAGCUGCCAAAGCCAUAUGGGAUUUCGAGGGCAUCUACUGCACCAGCCGGCACAUUCCACACGUUAAGUUCGCAGGCCUGAUCCAUCCGGGCAUUCUCGGUUGUGCGCCGUCAGCUGAGGUCCUCGAGACGUGGAACAAGCGUGAGGCCGAAUUAAUUGCUGCCAACAAGCUUGACCGCGGUGUUGCUCUUCCGCCGCAGCCUCUUAGUGUCCAUGCUGGGAGCGCCGACAAGGACUUGACGGAGAAAGUCGGUCGUGAAGGGGCAAGGACAAUUCCCGGACGUCCAGAGCAUGGAGGAAACUGUGACAUCAAGAACUUGUCCCGGGGCUCCAAAGUGUACCUCCCCGUCCACGUCCCCGGUGCCAAGUUUUCUGUCGGCGACUUGCACUUCUCCCAGGGCGACGGCGAGAUCUCGUUUUGCGGCGCCAUCGAGAUGGCCGGCAUCAUUACCAUCAAUUUCAAGGUCAUCAAGAACGGCAUGGCCGACCUGGGACUCAAGAGCCCCAUCUACAUCCCAGGCCCCGUGGAACCGCAGUUUGGACCCGGACGCUACAUCUACUUUGAGGGUUUCUCCGUCGACGAGCACGGCCAGCAGCAUUACAUGGACGUGACAGUCGCCUACCGCCAAACCACCCUCCGCUGCAUCGAGUACCUGCGACGGUUCGGCUACAGCGACUACCAGGUGUACCUGCUGCUGUCGUGCGCGCCCGUGCAGGGCCACGUGGCAGGCAUCGUCGACAUUCCCAACGCCUGCACCACGCUCGGCCUGCCCAUGGACAUUUUCGACGUUGACAUCUCCCCCUCGGCCGGGGCGGUAACAAAGAAGCUGGAUAUGGGCAGCUGCGCGUUUGAGACGGGCCGUACCGAGGGCGAAGUUGUUGAUCUUGCUAGUGGAAAGGGAAAGAGAGGGCCGGUGAGCUUUGGGGGCGGGUUGACUUAUAAAAUGUAAUUGUUCUUUAUAGGUUAAUAAGAGGGGGAAGGGGGGGUUGAAUGGUUGAGGGCAG